AUGAUUAUAAAAGGAAAUGCGGUAACGUAUACCGAGUUUGGAGAACUCAAGAAAGUUUUGUCGUUGACUCAAUUCGAAAUUGACUCUUCCAGUUUAAAACCGAAUGAGUUUCUUUUGCAGGCAAUUGCCACACCUAUCAACCCAUCUGAUUUAGUUCAGAUUCAAGGAACUUAUCCGUCUCCUCCUACACCAUAUAAUCUAGGAGGAUCAACUGUAUACAUUGGAGGCAAUGAAGGUGUUUUCAGAGUUAUUGAAGUAGGAGCAGAUGCUAAGAAAGUUUAUAAAAAAGGUGAUUGGGUUAUACCUAAAUUACCAAGUUUUGGGACUUGGAGAACGCAUGCGUUAGUCGCAAUUGAAGAAGAUAAAAAGCCUCUUAUAAUAAUAUCUUCUGAUGAUGAUGAAAUGACAAUUGAGCAAGCUGCAGUUAUAGGUGUAAAUCCUUGUACCGCGUAUCAACUUAUUCAUAACUAUAUCAAAGACUGGAAAGAUGGCGACUGGAUCAUUCAGAAUUGCGGCAAUUCUCAAGUCAGUAGAUAUUUGACGCAAAUUGCUAGGUCGGAGAAUAUCAAAACAAUUUCUAUAGUAAGGAACAACAAGACAAAGAAACAAAUCGAUGAGUUAUAUAACUUGGGCGCAACCAAAGUCGUUAAUGAAGAAGAGUUUUUGUCAGAAGAUUUCAACAAGACAUUGAAAUCGUGGGUUGGAGACGGAAGGGUGAGGUUAGCUGCCAACAGUUUAGGUGGUCCUACGGUGUGGCCCUUAGUGAGAAGCUUGUCGCAAGACGGUUUUUUGGCAACAUAUGGGGCAAUGUCGAGUCUUGAGAUCAAGUAUUCCUUAGUAGAUCAGUUAUUCAAGAAUAUUACGACUGUGGCAUAUUGGCUCUCUGCCAAUAACAAAAAGGAUCCAAGCUCGAAAACUAAGACAAUCGAGGCUAUCAUUAAAUUAUACAGUGAGGGUAUAUUGAAAACGGAGGGGAUCACAGAGCGGUCGUAUGAUAGUGAUCAAAAUUUGUUGAGUACUUUUUCGGAUGCUAUUGAAGCUUCAAGUAAAGGAAAGCAAUUAAUAAUCUUCAAAUGA